GGUUGUGUUACACUCUGACUCUCGCUGGGUUUGUGCCUUUGACCCUCAGGAAAGGCACUCGGAGCUGCUCCAACUGGCUUUGCCUCUGGACUUGCCGUGAAAGACCUCCCUGCGAACGCUGAGUGUUCAUCCUCGGCACUUGGACUCCUACAGCCUCCAGGGCCGGAUCCCCACAGCCUUCCAGGUCCUAGACCCCAGCAGACGCUAAGCUAUGGCUUCCAUGGGGCUGCAGGUGAUGGGUAUCGCUUUGGCCGUGCUGGGCUGGCUGGGCGCCAUACUGAGCUGCGCACUGCCCAUGUGGCGCGUGACGGCCUUCAUCGGCAGCAACAUCGUCACGUCCCAGACCAUCUGGGAGGGCCUGUGGAUGAACUGCGUGGUGCAGAGCACGGGCCAAAUGCAGUGCAAGGUGUACGACUCGCUGCUGGCGCUGCCGCAGGACCUGCAGGCGGCCCGCGCCCUCAUCGUCAUCUGCAUCAUCUUGGCCGUGCUCGGUGUGCUGCUCUCGGUGGUGGGCGGCAAGUGCACCAACUGCGUGGAGGAUGAGAGCGCCAAGGCCAAGACCAUGAUUGUGGCCGGCGUGGUGUUCCUGCUGGCCGGCUUGCUGGUGAUGGUGCCCGUGUCCUGGACGGCCCACAAUAUCAUCCGCGACUUCUAUAACCCACUGGUGGCCUCGGGCCAGAAGCGGGAGAUGGGUGCCUCGCUCUACAUUGGCUGGGCCGCCUCUGGCCUGCUGAUGCUCGGUGGGGCCUUGCUUUGCUGCAACUGCCCACCCCGUACCGACAAGCCCUACUCUGCCAAGUACUCUGCCGCCCGCUCCGCUCCAGCCAGCAACUACGUGUAAGGCGCUACCGUUGACUCUUUUCCUUUCAGCUUUGUUUCUCCCUGGACUGAGCUUACUGUGACCCCAGGAUGGCCUGCCAAGCAGAGACUGAGCCAGGCCGUUGGCCAGCAGCCCUCAGCCCCUCCUGGCCCUGUCGGACAUUUUCUCAAGGUCACCUCCAACACUAGCAAGGAUGGAUGGAAAGAGACUCCUGUACCACCCUCCUCAGAAUGGCUGUGGAUACGGGGGGCUGGCUCCUGCUGGCCCGGACAGCUCAGCCCUGACUUUGCUUGGGCUCUGCCUCUGAGUGGGUGUUCAGCGGACCAUGGGACUAUGCCCGUGUUGAUCACGGCCCCCUUCUUUGAUCCUCCCCACUCCGUCUGCCAGCAUCCUCUGGGUGGGUCAGCGAGCGCUUGGGCUGCGCCUUGCCCAUGGAAACCUGUGGCCACGAGAACGGCCGCCUUGCUCACCCACCUGCCCUUGGAGCAUAGUUGCCGAGCAGAGAGUGGACGGACAGGUUUAGAGGGGA